UCAAGCCAAACAAAGCCAGGCACGGCAACGGAGCCAAGGAACACGAAGCUGCCUGCGUGCCGUGUGCCGUGCCGCGGCGUGCGAGAUCUGAAAGGCGCGAGGGAGGGAGUCGGCAAGAAGAAAUAAGUAAUUUUUUCGCGAAAGCCAGCGGUUGCCGCGCGUCCAAGUCCAGAUCUCGUCCCGGAUCCCAUGCCCGCCGGCGCCGCGCCGUUGUCCCACUCCCCCCCGCAGCCGGUGUGGUAAUAAUGGUGCGACCGGCGGGCCUCCUCGACCCGACGAGGCGGCGCCCGUUCCUCGACCAGCGGCGGCCGUCGUCCUUCAAGCGGCGGUGGCAGCAGCGGCCGCUGUGGGCCCGCCUCGCGCUGUCGCUCGUCCUGGCCCUCGCCUGCGUCCUCCUCCUCCUCGGCCUCGCCGGCUCCCCCGACCCGUCCUCCCCGCUCUCCACCGUGUCCUCCCGAUCCGCCACCACAGUCUCCUCCCCUCUCCUCCGUCAGAGAUCUUACCUCGAGGGCAUCACGGAUACACACAACAUGACAGAUGAAAUGCUGAGUGCCCACUCGUUUUCCCGUCAGCUUAUGGACCAGAUUUCUCUUGCAAAGACUUACAUUGUGGCCGCGAAAGAAGCCAGCAACCUGCAGUUUGUGGCUGAGCUUAGUGCGCUUGUACGGCGGGAGCAGAGCAUCCUCGCGCAAGCUGCAGCUCAUGGUAGCAUGGUAGUGAAGGAGGACGCAGAGAAGGCAAUUAGGGACAUGUCUGUGUUGUUCUUCCAGGCUCAACAGUUCCGGUAUGACAGUGCGGUCACCAUCAUGAAGUUGAAGGGUCAGAUUCAGUCCCUAGAGGAGAAGUCAAAAGCUGAGGCGGACAAGAGCACAAAGUAUGGGCAGAUUGCUGCUGAGGAGCUCCCAAAGGGACUUUAUUGCCUUGGUAUCCGGUUAACCAUGGAAUGGUUCAAGAGUACUGAGCUUCAGAGGAAGUUCUCAGAUAGGAGCCCAGCAGUGCAGAGUAAUCUAAGGGACAACAGCCUAUAUCAUUAUUGUGUUUUCUCGGACAAUAUUAUUGCUGUCUCUGUUGUCGUCAAUUCUACAACUCUGAACUCAAAGCAUCCUGAAAAGAUUGUCUUCCAUUUAGUGACAGAUGAAGUGAACUAUGCUCCAAUGAACGCGUGGUUUGCCAUGAAUGAUUACAGAGGGGCCAUUGUGGAGAUACAAAAGGUGGAGGAUUUCACCUGGCUCAAUGCCUCCUAUGUUCCUGUUCUUAAACAGCUCCAGGAUGCUGCUACACAGAAUUUCUACUUCUCCGGCAGUGGUAAUCGUGGAACACCAAUCAAAUUCAGGAAUCCGAAGUACUUAUCAAUGCUCAACCACCUGAGGUUUUACAUCCCAGAAAUCUAUCCUGAACUGCGUAAGGUGGUAUUUCUAGAUGAUGACAUUGUUGUUCAGAAGGACUUAUCAGAUUUGUUUACUAUCAACCUCAACGGCAACGUUAUGGGGGCAGUGGAGACUUGCAUGGAAACAUUCCACAGGUUCCACAAGUAUCUUAAUCAUUCUCAUCCCCUAAUCCGUGCUCAUUUUGAUCCUGAUGCUUGUGGCUGGGCAUUUGGUAUGAAUGUGCUCGAUCUUGUUGAAUGGAGGAACAAGAAUGUGACAGGUAUAUAUCAUUAUUGGCAGGAGCGCAAUGCUGAUCAUACCCUAUGGAAGCUUGGGUCUUUACCACCUGGGCUUCUUGCCUUUUAUGGCUUGGUUGAAGCAUUGGACCCAAAAUGGCAUGUCUUGGGGCUGGGGUACACAACUGUGGAUCCUGCUACCAUUAAGGAAGGUGCUGUAUUGCAUUACAAUGGAAAUAUGAAGCCAUGGCUGAAAAUUGGGAUGGAGAAGUACAAGGGCUUCUGGGACAACUAUGUGGACUAUUCACGUCCGCUGCUUCAACAGUGCUUCAUGCGCUGAUUAAUGUGUAUCAAUAUUAGAAUUUUUUGCGACCUUCCUGAUGGAAAUGAUUCAAAUCUGUAGCUUGAACAGUCCCACGUGAAUGGAAUUGAUUGACUUCAUUCACAAGUUACAACCUCGGAUUAAACAUGGACAGGUGUUUAUGCUGGUAUGUGUAGUUGAUGAAGUACAGCGACCACAGAUAUGACUGGCCACAGGUAAACAGCAGAAGAGUUAAGAUUGCCACUCAGUAGGCUGCUACAGCAUCGGUUACUUACAUUCAUAACUUGCAACCACCAAUGUAAUUUUUCGAUUUUGAUUUUUCCGGUGAGACAGAAGGAAGGACAUAAUUGUAGAAUUGAUUUAAAAUUCUUGGAAUGUCACAAGAAGUUUUGAGAUACAUAUUUAUUGGAUGUUCAGACAGAUCAACCUUUGUGGUUAUUUAUACAUUUUCAGAAAAAGAAUGAUGUUAAUAUCAA